CAUUGAAAUCAUAAGAGUGGACACCACAUUUUGCAAAGUAAUUGAACUCUGAACUCACUUGUAGUCCAAGGAAAGCCAUGCAGGAUGAAGAUGGAUACGUCAUCUUAAAUAUUAAAACUCGAAAACCAGCUCGCACCUCAGUUGACCUUGCUACCCCAUCUUUGUGGCGUGUGAUGGCUUUGAUUCUGCUGAUCUUGUGCAUGGGGAUGGUCGUUGGGCUGGUGACUCUGGGGAUUACAUCUGUCAAGCAGCAAAACUACCUACGAGCUGAGAAUAAAAAUCUCUCAGGAACUCUGCAGCAAUUAGCAAAGCGGUUCUGCCAAUAUUUAUUAAAAUCAUUGGAAAAAGGGCACAAUUUGGGCCAUAAGUGCAGCCCAUGUGACAUAAACUGGAGAUAUUAUGGAGAAGGUUGCUAUGGAUUCUUCAGGCACAACUUGACAUGGGAAGAGAGUAAGCAGUACUGUACUGGCAUGAAUGCUACUCUUGUGAAGAUCACCAACCAGAACAUUCUGGAAUACAUCAAAAACAGGAUUUCAUCAAUGCGUUGGGUUGGAUUGUCCCGACAGAACUCUAAUAAGGUGUGGUUGUGGGAAGAUGGCUCAGUUCCUUCCAAAAAUGUGUUUAAGCAUCCUGGAAAUGAAUCAGAAAACAUGAAUUGUGCUUAUUUUCAUAAUGGGAAAAUUCACCCUACCUUAUGUAAAAACAAACAUUAUUUAAUGUGUGAGAGGAAGGCUGGCAUGACAAAGAUGGACGAACUACCUUAA